AUGCAGCCUAAUGCAGAAGGCGGUGAGAUUGGCCUUCCCAAACCUCUUGUUCAGCGUCAGUCUCGCAAAAGCUUCACCUUUCCCUUGGGCACCUAUGUGUUGAGAAUGGCGGGCCGUCCGCUUUUACGCGAGCUACGAAGCAGCAAUGAAACAUUAUGUCGAUCUUGCCGGUUGGUAAUCCGACAACGGCCGACACAACCACGAAUAGCAGCAUCAUAUAGCAUCAAAGCCACUACGCAGGGAUCAAUCGAUGAUGCUGUCACACAGAAGCCCAGCAGAUUUGAGCUGCAGCAGUACAUCGACCGGAUUAAGUCUCUUCGAAAUCCCAAGAAGGACGGAAACGAGUCAUUCAGUGUGCGGUUCUUCGAGCAAGACAAUAACAAGAGAACCGAACUUUCUGGAGAAGCGUUUGGCGCAUCACUGAACGAAGUCGAUACAUCAGGUCUCAAGCAAGCCCUGCUGGAAAUCAAAGACGACAUUGGUGGAAAGGACGAAAAAGAAGCUUUCCAGGAUGUGGUCGAUCAACUGGGCCCCGAAUGGCAAAACAUGAAGACGGCAGACGACCUCGAGAGAAUUAUUGCCAAGUUGGACGCAUAUACCGCGGCGAUCGAUGAGGAGAUUGACAAAACUGGCGCAGACCUACCAAAAGAGCUGUUGGAGAGACUGGACUCAGAGCUUCCAGGCUUGCCAGGAUUUGGUAGUUUGGGCUCUCGAAUCAUGAUACCUCAAAUUCCAGAAAAGCCUUGGACAAUCAACCAACGCAAAAAGAUCGCUCGCCUCAAUGCUGCGUUAUCAAAGACUUGUAGAGAUCAUCGCCGCGAUGUCAAACUCACAGCAAAGACUGUGCAAGGGGUGUUCAAGGCUUAUCACUCAGCCAGACUGUCUCUAGCUCACGGCUGGAGUCAUGUCCCCCUUGAAGUAUGGAAUCUGUUGUGGAAGAUCUUCUCAGCCGAUGAGUCUGUCAACAUUCAUCGCCUAUCACAUAUUGCGCUUCUCUCUCGAGACAUGAGCGAGGCAAACGUGACCUUAAACCCUGCUCAGCAACUCCUGACAAUUGAGGCGGUCUUUGUUGAUGGAUGGGAGUCCAAAGCAAUCGAGAACUGGAGGAGAUGUCUAAGCACACUUGGGAACGAAAAUGCCGAAACAUUUCAAGAGUUUUGGGAGCUUGGAGUCAGGAUGUAUUGCCGAACAGGUGAUCUGGAAGAGGCACAGCGAGCCAUCAACAAGCUCAUCCAGAAGCAGUCCGACUCUCGCAUUCUGAUGCCCUUGAUUAGGACAUGGUCUGAAUUGGGCACGGAAGAGGCACACGGGAAGGCUUGGGCUGCAUACCGUCAACUCCGCGAGCUUCUCGGAGACGAUAUGAAGCUGGCUGAUUAUGAUCAAGUCAUAUCAUACUUCCUGACCACACAUCAGACCGAGAAUGCCUUAUACGCCUUCGUUGACAUGAUGAGCGAUGGCAAAAUCGAUUUGAAGAAGCAAAAAUAUAUGCCAUCAGUGGUCGCCAACAAAUUCUUUUUUGGAAAGUGGCUGAAGAGGUUGAUUGGUGCUGGCGAUCUAAACGGAGCUCACAGCGUUGUGGACUUUAUGGGCCAAAAAGGUAUCGAGCCAGCUCCUAUCCAGCUGAAUGGUCUCAUUGCGGCUUGGCAACGGGCUGGCGGUAUUGAAGAUCUUGAGAAGGCGGAUCAAAUGGCCUGGGGCAUGAUUGAGACUCGAAUUCGAUUCGUCAAAUCUCGAGGAAAAGACAUGGAUUUGCAAAGCGAGCUUUUACAAAAGGACGAUACCCUACCUCUACCACGGGCAACCUUGGAAACCUUCUCGCUACUGGCGGAGAACUAUCGAGUGAGAGACUUACACGAUCGACUGCUGAUGCUCUGGGAAGCUUUCCGAGAAGCGGAUAUGAAGGCAGACUCCUUCAUCAUCAAUCAACUCCUCGAGUCCUAUAUCCAAGCAGGACAAUCGAAGGAAGCUGUAAACCUAUACCUGACGCUCGUGUCGGAAAAGGGCAUCGAGCCUGAUCCCUAUACUUUUAGUGCAUUAUGGAAGACGCUCGCCGUCAACCGCCUCCACGUCACAGCUGGCUUCGUACCUGAUCAGGCUGAGCCUACUCGUGCCAUGUUUGCCGAGACUGUCAAGUUCAGACAUGUUUUCCAACCCGAUGGCAUGGAUGGUCAGCUCGCGCGUAAGAUCCUACAUACUUUCCGUCGCAUCAAGGAUAAUACAGGCUUUGUCGUCGCACUGUCGACUCUCCGUGAUGCUUUCGGCUUUAUGCCUCCCGAAACGCUCGUUCUCGAGCUGAUAUUGGAGACGACUAAGCUGCAAUGGGAUUCACCAACCUAUCGACGCCGUCUCAUGACUGCCAAACGAGAUCUUGACCGUGGUCUUCUCUCAUGGGCGGAUGGAGAUGCUUCUCGCCUCAAGGGCCAGCAUCGUGCCGAGGCGCUUUUUGAAUAUCUACAAAAGCGAUAUUGGCCUACUGAAGGCGACGAUGCUCUCAGGAGGAAAAUGUUCAAGGAGGCUGCAGAGCAGAUGGGGGUGUAUGAUGUGUUACGAAAAGGGGCAAAGGAGUAG